ACCGGUGUCGUGUGCGUGUGGAGUAUCUGCAGACAUGACUGCGUGGAGGAAAUUCGAGUCGCUGCUCCUGCUCCUGUGCUCGGGGCUCCUCACUGCAGCUAAGGGUCAAAACUGUGGAGGCUUAGUCCAAGGUCCCAAUGGCACCAUCGAGAGCCCAGGGUUCCCUCACGGUUACCCCAACUACGCGAACUGCACCUGGAUCAUCAUCACAGGAGAGCGUAAUAGGAUACAGCUGUCCUUCCACACCUUUGCUCUGGAAGAGGAUUUUGAUAUUUUAUCCGUGUACGACGGACAGCCCCAGCAAGGGAAUCUAAAAGUGAGGCUAUCGGGAUUUCAGCUGCCUUCCUCGAUAGUGAGCACAGGAUCUAUCCUCACUCUGUGGUUCACGACAGACUUCGCUGUGAGCGCCCAAGGUUUUAAAGCACUCUAUGAAGUUUUACCUAGCCACACGUGUGGGAACCCUGGAGAAAUAGUGAAAGGCGUCCUCCACGGAACAAGAUUCAACAUAGGAGACAAAAUCCGGUACACCUGCCUCUCGGGCUACGUCUUGGAAGGUCACGCCAUCCUGACUUGCAUCGUCAGCCCCGGGAACGGUGCAUCGUGGGACUUCCCGGCUCCUUUUUGCAGAGCUGAAGGGGCCUGUGGAGGAACCUUGCGGGGAACCAGCAGCUCCAUCUCCAGCCCCCACUUCCCCUCUGAGUAUGAAAACAAUGCUGACUGUACCUGGACCAUCCUCGCGGAGCCAGGGGACACCAUCGCGCUGGUCUUCACUGACUUCCAGCUGGAAGAAGGGUACGACUUCUUAGAGAUCAGCGGGACAGAAGCCCCGUCUAUAUGGCUAACUGGUAUGAACCUCCCCUCUCCUGUCAUCAGCAGCAAGAACUGGCUGCGACUCCACUUCACCUCGGACAGCAACCACCGACGCAAGGGCUUCAACGCUCAGUGUCAAGUGAAAAAGGCAAUCGAAUUGAAGUCGAGAGGUGUCAAGAUGCUGCCUAGCAAGGACAGCAGCCCCAAAAACUCCGUCUUGAGCCAAGGAGGUGUGGCUUUGGUCUCUGACAUGUGUCCAGAUCCUGGGAUUCCAGAAAACGGCAGAAGAGCAGGUUCUGACUUCAGGGUUGGUGCAAACGUUCAGUUCUCCUGUGAAGACAAUUAUGUGCUCCAGGGAUCCAAGAGCAUCACCUGUCAGAGAGUAACAGAGACGCUCGCUGCUUGGAGUGACCACCGGCCCAUCUGCAGAGCUAGAACGUGCGGAUCGAAUCUGCGUGGACCCAGUGGUGUCAUCACCUCCCCCAAUUACCCAGUUCAGUAUGAAGACAAUGCACACUGCGUGUGGGUCAUCACGACAACCGACCCAGACAAGGUCAUCAAGCUCGCCUUUGAAGAGUUUGAGCUGGAAAGAGGCUAUGACACCCUGACAGUCGGUGACGCCGGGAAAGUGGGGGACACCAGAUCCGUCUUGUAUGUGCUCACAGGAUCCAGUGUCCCUGACCUCAUUGUGAGCAUGAGCAACCAGAUGUGGUUACAUCUGCAGUCGGACGACAGCAUUGGCUCCCCUGGAUUUAAAGCGGUUUACCAAGAAAUUGAAAAGGGUGGAUGUGGGGAUCCUGGGGUCCCCGCCUACGGGAAGCGGACGGGCAGCAGUUUUCUCCACGGGGACACACUCACCUUUGAGUGCCAGGCAGCCUUUGAGCUGGUUGGGGAGAGAGUCAUCACCUGUCAGCAGAACAAUCAGUGGUCUGGGAACAAGCCCAGCUGUGUUUUUUCAUGUUUCUUCAACUUUACGGCUGCAUCUGGCAUUAUCCUGUCACCCAAUUACCCAGAGGAGUAUGGUAACAACAUGAACUGUGUGUGGCUGAUUAUAUCUGAGCCGGGGAGUAGAAUUCACCUCAUCUUUAAUGAUUUUGACGUGGAGCCUCAAUUUGACUUUCUGGCGGUCAAAGAUGAUGGGAUUUCUGACAUAACAGUCCUGGGUACCUUUUCCGGCAAUGAAGUGCCUUCCCAGCUGGCGAGCAGCGGGCACGUGGUUCGCCUGGAGUUUCAGUCGGAUCAUUCCACCACCGGCAGGGGUUUCAACAUCACCUACACCACAUUUGGUCAGAAUGAAUGCCAUGAUCCCGGCAUUCCUGUAAAUGGACGGCGCUUUGGUGACCGGUUUCUACUUGGUAGCUCAGUGUCCUUCCACUGUGAUGACGGUUUUGUCAAGACCCAGGGAUCGGAGUCCAUCACCUGCAUCUUGCAGGACGGGAAUGUGGUCUGGAGCUCCACUGUUCCCCGCUGUGAAGCUCCAUGUGGUGGACACCUGACAGCUUCCAGUGGUGUCAUUUUGCCUCCUGGAUGGCCGGGAUAUUAUAAAGAUUCUUUAAAUUGUGAAUGGAUAAUUGAAGCAAAACCAGGCCAUUCUAUUAAAAUAACUUUCGAUAGAUUUCAGACUGAAGUCAACUAUGACACUCUGGAGGUCAGAGACGGGCCGGCCAGCUCAUCCCCGCUGAUUGGGGAGUACCAUGGCACGCAAGCCCCUCAGUUCCUCAUCAGCACCGGGAACUUCAUGUACCUCCUAUUCACCACGGACAACAGCCGCUCCAAUGUUGGUUUCCUCAUCCACUACGAGAGUGUCACUCUGGAGUCCGACUCCUGCCUUGACCCAGGGAUCCCUGUGAAUGGCCAUCGCCAUGGCAGCAAUUUUGGCAUCAGGUCCACAGUGACGUUCAGCUGCGACCCAGGGUACACCCUGAGUGACAACGAGCCCCUGCUGUGUGAGCGAAACCAUCAGUGGAACCACGCACUGCCCAGCUGUGACGCCCUAUGUGGAGGCUACAUUCAUGGGAAAAGUGGAACAGUCCUUUCUCCUGGGUUUCCAGAUUUUUAUCCGAAUUCUCUAAACUGUACCUGGACCAUUGAAGUGUCUCAUGGAAAAGGGGUUCAGAUGAUCUUUCACACCUUUCACCUGGAGAGCUCCCAUGACUAUUUGCUGAUCACAGAGGACGGAAGUUUCUCCGAGCCCGUUGCCAGGCUCACUGGGUCGGUCUUGCCUCAUACUAUUAAGGCAGGUUUAUUUGGAAACUUCACUGCUCAGCUCCGAUUUAUAUCAGACUUUUCCAUCUCCUAUGAGGGCUUCAAUAUCACAUUUUCAGAGUAUGACCUGGAGUCGUGUGAUGAUCCUGGAGUCCCUGCCUUCAGCCGGAGAAUCGGCUUCCACUUUGGCGUUGGAGAUGCUCUGACCUUCUCCUGCUUCCCGGGAUAUCGCCUAGAAGGUGCCACCAAGCUUACGUGCCUGGGCGGAGGCCGUCGUGUGUGGAGCGCACCUCUGCCAAGGUGUGUGGCUGAAUGUGGAGCAAGUGUCAAAGGAAAUGAAGGCACAUUACUGUCUCCAGAUUUUCCAUCCAAUUAUGAUAAUAACCACGAAUGUAUCUAUAAAAUAGAAACAGAGGCCGGCCAGGGGAUCCAUCUCAGAGCACGCAGCUUUCAGCUGGUUGAAGGAGAUAUUUUAAAGGUGUACGAUGGGAAAGAUAGUUCCUCCCGUCUGCUGGGAACCUUCACUAAAAACGAGCUCAUGGGGCUGACUCUGAACAGCACGUCCAACCACCUGUGGCUGGAGUUCAACACCAACGGAUCUGACACUGACCAAGGCUUUCAGCUCACCUACACCAGUUUUGAUCUAGUCAAGUGUGAGGACCCAGGCAUCCCUAACUAUGGCUACAGGAUCCGUGACGAGGGCCACUUCACUGACACCGUGGUUCUUUACAGCUGUAACCCGGGGUACGCCAUGCACGGCAGCAACACCCUGACCUGUUUGAGUGGGGAUAGGAGAGUAUGGGACAAGCCACUGCCUUCGUGCGUAGCGGAAUGUGGUGGUCGGAUCCAUGCUGCCACGUCAGGACGAAUAUUGUCUCCUGGCUACCCAGCUCCAUAUGACAACAACCUCCACUGCACCUGGAUUAUAGAGGCAGAUGCAGGGAAAACAAUUAGCCUCCACUUCAUCGUCUUUGACACCGAGACGGCCCACGACAUCCUCAAGGUGUGGGAUGGACCCGUGGACAGCAACAUCCUUCUGAAGGAGUGGAGCGGCUCUGCCCUGCCCGAGGACACUCACAGCACCUUCAACUCGCUCACCCUGCAGUUCGACAGCGACUUCUUCAUCAGCAAGUCCGGCUUCUCCAUCCAGUUCUCAACAUCAAUUGCAUCCACCUGCAAUGAUCCAGGAAUGCCCCCCAAUGGUACCCGCUACGGGGACAGCCGAGAGGCUGGAGACACCAUCACGUUCCAGUGUGACCCUGGGUAUCAGCUUCAAGGUCAAGCCAAAAUCACCUGUGUGCAGCUGAACAGCCGGUUCUUCUGGCAGCCGGACCCCCCCACGUGCAUAGCGGCUUGUGGAGGGAAUCUGACGGGCCCAGCGGGGGUUAUUUUAUCACCCAACUACCCACAGCCAUAUCCUCCUGGGAAAGAAUGUGACUGGAAGAUAAAAGUCAACCCAGACUUUGUCAUCGCCUUGAUAUUCAAAAGUUUCAACAUGGAGCCCAGCUAUGACUUCCUGCACAUCUAUGAAGGGGAGGAUUCCAACAGCCCACUCAUCGGGAGCUUCCAGGGCUCGCAAGCCCCGGAGAGAAUAGAGAGUAGCGGAAACAGCCUCUUUCUGGCGUUUCGGAGUGAUGCCUCAGUGGGCUUGUCGGGAUUCGCCAUUGAGUUUAAAGAGAAGCCCCGGGAAGCUUGUUUUGACCCUGGAAAUAUAAUGAAUGGCACAAGAAUUGGAACAGACUUCAAACUCGGCUCGACCGUCACGUACCAGUGUGACUCUGGCUACAAGGUUGUGGACCCCUCGUCCAUCAUGUGUGUGAUUGGAGCCGACGGGAAACCGUCCUGGAACCGCGCGCUGCCCUCCUGCCACGCGCCCUGUGGAGGUCAGUACACGGGGUCGGAAGGGGUAGUUUUAUCACCAAACUACCCUCAUAAUUACACAGCUGGUCAAGUGUGUCUCUACUCCAUAACCGUGCCAAAGGAGUUUGUGGUGUUUGGACAGUUCGCCUAUUUCCAGACGGCACUGAACGACCUGGCAGAGUUAUUCGACGGAACACACGUGCAGGCCAGACUUCUCAGCUCGCUCUCGGGGUCUCAUUCAGGUGAAACCUUACCUUUGGCUACGUCGAAUCAAAUUCUGCUCCGAUUCAGUGCAAAGAGUGGGGCCUCUGCCCGGGGCUUCCACUUCGUGUAUCAAGCUGUUCCUCGAACAAGCGACACCCAGUGCAGCUCUGUGCCUGAGCCCAGAUAUGGAAGGAGAAUUGGUUCUGAGUUUUCUGCAGGUUCCAUUGUCCGAUUUGAGUGCAACCCAGGCUACCUCCUGCAGGGUUCCACGGCACUCCUCUGUCAGUCAGUACCUAAUGCUCUGGCACAGUGGAAUGACACAAUCCCCAGCUGCGUGGUCCCCUGCAGUGGCAAUUUCACUCAGCGGAGAGGUACAAUUCUGUCCCCUGGCUACCCUGAGCCAUAUGGUAACAACUUAAAUUGCAUAUGGAAGAUCACAGUGACAGAAGGGUCGGGAAUCCAGAUCCAAGUAAUAAGCUUUGCCACAGAGCAGAACUGGGACUCCCUGGAGAUCCAUGAUGGUGGAGACGCAGCAGCACCCAGGCUGGGAAGCUUCUCAGGAACCACGGUGCCGGCUCUGCUGAACAGCACGUCCAACCAGCUCUACCUGCGUUUCCAGUCCGACAUCAGCGUGGCGGCCGCUGGCUUUCACCUGGAAUACAAAACUGUGGGUCUUGCUGCGUGCCAAGAGCCCACCGUGCCCAGCAACGGCAUCAAAAUAGGAGAUCGGUACAUGGUGAACGACGUGCUGUCCUUCCAGUGCGAGCCCGGGUACACCUUGCAGGGCCGUUCCCACAUCUCGUGUAUGCCGGGGACUGUUCGACGUUGGAACUACCCUUCUCCCCUCUGCAUCGCCACCUGUGGAGGGACCCUGACCAGCACGCAGGGCGUGAUCCUGAGCCCUGGAUUUCCAGGCUCUUACCCCAACAACCUAGACUGCACCUGGAGCAUCUCUUUGCCCGUUGGUUACGGUGCUCAUAUUCAGUUCCUGAACUUUUCUACUGAAGCGAAUCACGACUACCUAGAAAUCCAGAAUGGCCCUUACCACACCAGCCCCACCAUCGGGCAGUUCAGCGGGGCCGACUUGCCCGCGGCUCUGCUCAGCACCACGCACGAGACACGCAUCCACUUUUACAGCGACCAUUCCCAGAACCGGCAAGGGUUUAAACUCGCUUACCAAGCCUAUGAAUUGCAGAACUGUCCAGAGCCGCCCCCAUUUCAGAAUGGGUACAGGAUCAACUCGGAUUACAGUGUAGGACAGUCGGUAUCCUUCGAGUGUUACCCUGGGUACAUCCUGAUCGGCCAGCCUGUCCUCACCUGCCAGCAUGGGACAAACAGAAACUGGAACCAUCCCUUUCCAAGAUGUGAUGCUCCUUGUGGCUAUAAUGUAACAUCUCAGAAUGGCACCAUCUACUCUCCGGGGUUUCCAGAUGAAUACCCAAUUUUGAAGGAUUGCGUUUGGCUUAUCACGGUGCCUCCAGGGCACGGCAUUUACAUCAACUUCACCUUGUUACAGACGGAAGCCGUUAAUGAUUAUAUUGCUGUUUGGGAUGGUCCAGACCAGAACUCACCUCAGCUGGGUGUUUUCAGCGGGAACACAGCCCUGGAAACGGCCUACAGUUCCACCAACCAGGUCCUGCUCAAGUUCCACAGUGACUUUUCAAAUGGAGGCUUUUUUGUCCUCAAUUUUCACGCAUUUCAGCUCAAGAAAUGCCCACCUCCUCCAGCCGUUCCCCAGGCAGAAAUGCUCAGAGAGGAUGAUGACUUUGAAAUAGGAGACUUUGUGCAGUACCAGUGCCAUCCGGGGUACACCUUGGUGGGAACCGACACUCUGACCUGUAAGCUCAGCGCCCAGUUGCAGUUCGAGGGUUCCCUCCCAACAUGUGAAGCACAAUGCCCAGCAAAUGAAGUCCGGACAGAGUCAUCUGGAGUAAUUCUCAGCCCAGGGUAUCCAGGCAACUAUUUUAACUCCCAGACAUGCUCUUGGAGCAUUAAAGUGGAACCAAACUAUAACAUUACCAUCUUUGUGGACACGUUUCAAAGUGAAAAGCAAUUUGAUGCCCUGGAAGUAUUUGAUGGCUCUUCUGGACAAAGCCCGCUGCUGGUCGUGCUAAGUGGGAACCACACUGAGCAGUCGAACUUUACAAGCAAGAGUAAUCAGUUAUACCUCCGCUGGUCCACUGAUCAUGCAACCAGCAAGAAAGGAUUCAAGAUUCGAUAUGCAGCACCUUACUGCAGCUUGGCCCUCAGCCUGAAGGAUGGUGGCAUUGUAAACAGGACCGCAGGGGCAGUUGGAAGUCAAGUGCAUUAUUUUUGCAAGCCUGGGUACCGACUGAUCGGCCACAGCAAUGCGAGCUGUCGACGGAACCCGCUCGGCACGUAUCAAUGGGACGCCCUCCCACCACUCUGCCAGGCUGUGUCCUGUGGAAUCCCGGAAUCCCCAGGAAAUGGUUCAUUUACGGGUAAUGAGUUCACGUUGGAUGGUAAGGUGACCUAUGAAUGUAAUGAGGGCUUUAAGCUGGAUGCCAGUCAACCAGCCACCGCAGUGUGCCAGGAAGACGGGCUGUGGAGCAACAAAGGGAGGCCGCCUACUUGUAAACCGGUGCCGUGCCCCAGUGUGGAAGCUCAGCUCUCAGAACACGUCAUCUGGAGACUGGUUUCGGGCUCUCUGAAUGAGUACGGAGCUCAAGUGCUCCUGAGCUGCAGUCCGGGUUACUACUUAGAGGGCCAAAGACUCAUUCAGUGCCAAGCUAACGGGACGUGGAGCGUGGAGGACGAGAGGCCAAGCUGCAAGGUUAUCUCAUGUGGGAGCCUGCCUUUUCCCCCAAACGGUAACAAGAUUGGGACGUUGAAGGUCUACGGAGCCACGGCAAUAUUUACAUGUAACACGGGCUACACACUGGUGGGCUCCCACGUACGGGAGUGCUUAGCCAACGGGCUCUGGAGCGGGAUGGAAACUCGGUGUCUGGCCGGCCACUGUGGCUCCCCAGACCCCAUCGUGAACGGCCACAUCAGCGGGGAUGGCUUCAGCUACAGAGACACCGUGGUGUACCAGUGCAACCCCGGCUUCCGGCUUGUGGGAACGUCUGUGAGGAUAUGCUUGCAAGACCACAAAUGGUCUGGGCAAACUCCCGUUUGUGUCUCCAUCACGUGUGGUCACCCUGGAAACCCUGCCCAUGGAUCCACCAAUGGCAGCGAGUUCAACCUGAAUGACGUUGUAAACUUCACCUGCCACACGGGCUAUCUGCUGCAGGGCGCGUCCCGAGCCCAGUGUCGGAGCAACGGCCAGUGGAGCAGCCCUUUGCCCACGUGUCGAGUGGUGAACUGUUCGGAUCCAGGCUUUGUGGAAAACGCCAUUCGUCCUGGGCAGCAGAACUUCCCCAAGAGUUUUGAAUAUGGGAUGAGUGUCCUGUAUCAUUGCAAAAAGGGGUUUUACCUGUUGGGAUCUUCUGCCUUAACCUGUACGGCCAACGGCUUAUGGGAUCGUUCUUUGCCCAAAUGUCUGGCUAUAUCAUGUGGACAUCCAGGUGUUCCUGCCAAUGCUAUCCUGACUGGGGAACUGUUCACAUACGGGGCCACAGUUCACUACUCCUGCAAAGGGGGCCACAGUCUUGUAGGCAACAACUCCAGAGUCUGCCAAGAAGACAGUCACUGGAGUGGAACUCUGCCCCACUGCACAGGAAAUGAUCCUGGAUUUUGUGGAGAUCCAGGGACCCCAGCACACGGCUCUCGGCUGGGGGAUGAAUUUAAGGUGAAGAACCUUCUUCGCUUCUCCUGUGAAGUUGGGUACCAGCUACGGGGCUCCCCCGAGCGGACAUGUCUGCUCAACGGGUCAUGGUCAGGACUGCAACCUGAGUGUGAGGCUGUGUCCUGUGGCAAUCCUGGCACUCCCACCAAUGGCAUGAUCGUCAGCAGUGACGGGGUGCUGUUCUCCAGCUCUGUCAUCUACGCCUGCUGGGAGGGCUACCACACCUCGGGGCUGAUGACCCGGCACUGCACCGCCAAUGGGACCUGGACCGGCACAGCCCCCGAUUGCACAAUUAUAAGUUGUGGGGAUCCAGGCACCUUGGCAAAUGGCAUCCAGUUUGGGGCUGAUUUCACCUUUAACAAGACUGUGAGCUAUCAGUGUGACCCGGGCUACCUCCUGGAGCCAGCCACGGCCGCCACGAUCCGUUGUACCAAAGACAGCACCUGGAAUCAGAGCAAACCUGUCUGCAAAGCUGUCCUGUGUCCUCAGCCCCCUCACGUGCAGAACGGAAAAGUGGAGGGGACAGACUUCCACUGGGGCUCCAGCAUCAGUUACAGCUGUGCAGACGGCUACCAGGUCUCCCACGCGGCCAUCCUGUCCUGCGAAGGACAAGGAGUGUGGAAGGGCGAGGUCCCUCAGUGCCUGCCUGUGUUCUGUGGAGACCCCGGCACCCCUGCUGAGGGCCGGCUCAGUGGGAAAAGUUUCACCUACAAAUCGGAAGUCUUCUUCCAGUGCAAACCCCCGUUCAUACUCGUGGGGUCUUCACGGAGGAUCUGCCAGGCUGACGGCUCAUGGAGCGGCAUUCAGCCCACCUGCAUCGAUCCUGCUCAUAACACCUGCCCGGACCCUGGCACCCCACACUUUGGGGUACAGAACAGCUCUAGGGGAUACGAGGUCGGAAGCACAGUUUUCUUCAGGUGCAGAAAAGGUUACCAUGUCCAGGGUUCCACGACUCGGACGUGCCUUGCAAAUUUAACGUGGAGUGGGAUUCAGACUGAAUGCAUACCUCACGCCUGCAGACAGCCGGAAACCCCAGCACACGCGGAUGUGAGAGCCAUCGACCUUCCUACGUUUGGCUACACCUUGGUGUACACCUGCCACCCAGGCUUCUUCCUUGCUGGUGGAUCUGAGCACAGGACGUGUAAAGCAGAUAUGAAAUGGACAGGGAAGUCGCCUGUUUGUAAAAGUAAAGGAGUGAGAGAAGUUAAUGAAACAGUUACUAAAACUCCAGUUCCUUCAGACGUAUUUUUCAUCAAUUCAGUGUGGAAGGGAUAUUAUGAAUAUUUAGGGAAAAGACAACCUGCAACUCUAACUGUCGACUGGUUCAACGCAACAAGCAGCAAGGUGAACGCCACCUUCACGGGGUCCUCUCCAGCGGAGCUGAGGCUGACAGGAGUUUAUAAGAAGGAGGAGGCCCACUUGCUUCUGAAAGCUUUUCAGAGUAAAGGUCCAGUGGAUAUCUUUGUAAGCAAGUUUGAAAACGACAACUGGGGGCUGGAUGGCUAUGUUUCAUCAGGAUUUGAGAGAGGAGGGUUUACUUUUCAAGGAGACAUACACGGGAAAGACUUUGGGAAAUUCAAGUUGGAAAGGCAAGACCCUUUGAACUCAGACCAAGAUUCUUCACAUCAUCACCACGGCACCAGCAGUGGCUCUGUGGCAGCUGCUAUCCUGGUUCCAUUCUUUGCUCUAAUUUUAUCAGGGUUUGCCUUUUACCUCUACAAACACAGAACAAGACCCAAAGUUCAAUACAACGGCUAUGCUGGACACGAAAACAGCAACGGACAAGCUUCCUUUGAAAACCCCAUGUAUGAUACAAACUUGAAACCCACAGAGGCCAAGGCCGUGAGGUUUGACACGACUCUGAACACAGUGUGCACGGUGGUAUAGCCCUCCGCGCCCCGGCAGGACGGUUCAUAGCCAUACCUCUGACGGACAAGCAGUGAUUCCUUUGGUGCCAUAAACCACUCUCCCUUCCACUUGCUUCGCCGCAGCGACCUUUAACACCGUCCACUGGCACACACG